UUUUGUACGUGUCUGUCUCUCAGCGUGUGUGCUGCGUGUCAGCGUGUGUGCUCUCAGUACAACAGCCAAUCAAAUUACAUCUACAUUGUUUUCAUCACACAGCAUUCAGCCAAUCAAAUUGCAGGACAACCAAUGAACAAGAGUUGUCAAACAACGCGCCAGUGAGAAAGAUUUAUACCAAAGUUGGUUUCGUUCGGGUAUAAAAACUACGACUUGGUCAACAAAAAACGAAUUGCCGUAUGCAAAUCACGCAGUUCGAAUAUUACAGACGGAGACACAACAACUUCCAACUUCGUUCGACAUUUGAAGUUGCACAAAGAAGGUAUAUAAGUGCCCAAUUGAAAGGAUGCACUGGUCCAUAAACACACUGCCCUUGCCUCUAUAUGUUGAGUUGGGUGUCCACUCACUGAGUGGCCUUCUGUGGACGCUCCUGCUCUUGUUCCUGUGGCACUGUUACCGAAUGGGCUCGGACCUCCCCUUAGCGGCUCACGCACAAGGUGGGAAAGCAGUUUCAAGAAGAUUGGCGAUGUCCUGUAGCGGAAGCUGUGCUGGAAGAAAGUAUAACGAACAGUCCAUGGAAACAGAAGAGGACGAGGAGACAGGGCAGGGAUACGUCACGCCGGUGCUGAGCCAUGCCCUGUUCCCAGUUCAGGCAUCCACCGAGGCCAGGAAACUCUACUCAGCCCUGCAAGAAUACGCUAAACGUUACAGCUGGGCGGGAAUGGGCCGGAUACAUAAAGGCCUCCGAGAACAGGUCAGACUGAAUGAUCACUCGACUAUACAAAAGCCACAGCUCUUCUUCCUGCCAGAUGUCCCUAGUGUUCCUUUCCUUCCACGGGAUGCCCACAGGCAUGACAUUGAAGUAUUGGAAGCCAACUAUCACGUCAUCCUGGCGGAGUUCCAGGCCGUGUACCAGAGGGGCAUUGACUUCAAAGUUGGCUGGACAAGUAUGGGGCCUAAGGGCCAGGCUGUGUUUCCACUGUACAGUGCAGGCGUGUGUGUGGCCGCCAACUGCCGCUCCUGUCCCUACACAUACCGGACCCUGCUCUCUCUUCGCACAUUUAUAAGCAGCAACUCUUUGGGAUCUGCCGGAUUCUGGUUGCUGGGGCCCGGUUCUACACUGGGCAGCUCAUACGGACCCACUAAUACAAGGCUGCGUUGUCACCUAGGUCUGCAAACUCCCCCUCUGUGUGAGCUGGUGGUGGGAGGGGAGCCUCAGUGCUGGUCUGAGGGACACUGCCUCCUGUUUGACGACUCAUUCCUACACACAGUCUCGCACAAAGGGCCCCCAGAAGCUGGACCUCGAGUCAUACUCAGUGUGGACCUCUGGCAUCCAAAUGUGGCUGCAGCUGAGAGACAAGCGUUGGACUUCAUGUUCAGUCCUGAUCUCUGAGGCGUGUGACUUGUCAAUCCACCCUGACCUCGGACCUGACGGUUACGCAACAUGCAGGGGUGUCUAAUUUGGACCCCUGCACGUUCAUGCAUUUCAACCCAGUCUAUGGAUCAGCUUCGGGAAUCGCUUAAACCAUUUUGCUCACACUGGCGUGCAUGCCCUGUGCAUGAUAACAUUGUUGUGGAUGAACUUUUGCCGUACAAGAAAAUGAGUUGUUUUUUCCUGUAAAUCAUGACGUUACAUAAUAUACUCACAAAUGCUGUUUGCAUGUGAAACGUGUCUUGUGUAAUGUUGCUGCCCCAACAACCUGACAUGCUAUGAACGCAUGGCUAACAUACUGUGAAACUAUCAAAUACAAAUCUAAAUUCUGAUUCAUCUUUGCUUUGCUUUUUGAUGUAGGAGGAAUAUCAUCUUAGAGAAAAUUUUUAUUUAAAACAUUUGUACGCACGUACAACACUUAGUUAAAAACAAAUUUACAUUAUUGCAAUCAGUUGAUAAAACAUUGUCCUUUACAAUUAUAAAAGCUUUUUACAAAAAUCUACUACUCUGCUUGCAUGUCAGCAGACUGGGGUAGAUCCUGCUGAAAUCCUAUGUAUUGA